AUGACUUCCGCCCCCGCCGAUUCCCGACCAAAGGGCGAAGCGAUCCCCUACCAGGGCCAGCCUCUCCCCAACGUCCCCUCAGACCUCGUAGUCCCCAACAUCCUCAAUCUCGACUUCGACGAGCGACUCUGGGUCCCCCAAGGCCCAGACGUCUGGUUCCGACCCAUCCUGUUCAACGUCACCCAGGGGUAUUUCGUCAAUCUGCUCCGCGUACGCCGGUCCGGAAUUUUAUCCCGCCACCGUCACUCGGGACCUGUCCACGCCACAGUCCUGCGCGGAGUGUGGCAUUAUCUCGAGCAUGAGUGGUGGGCUACCGAGGGGAGCCAUGCCUUUGAGCCACCUGGUGAUAUCCAUACGCUUGAGGUGCCGGAUGGCGUGGAGGAGAUGGUUACGCUGUUUCAUGUCACUGGGGCGUAUAUCUAUGUUGACCCUAUGGGUGUUCCGUUGGGGGUGGAGGAUGUUUUCUCGAAGCUGGCUAGUGCGAAGAAACAUUAUGAGGAGGUUGGGUUUGGGGCUGGUUUUGUGGAUCAGUUUAUUCGGUGA